GUACAUCCGCUCUCCCCUCCUCCUAUAGUUGUAACCUCGGAGAUCUGAGGGGAAGGGCGGAAGCAAGGCUGCACGGGGCGCAGAUUUGCACUUCACAGCGGCGCAUGCGCAGUCGGUCCAGAAGAGUUGUCGCGGUGCAGGAUCCGGGGUACACUGCACUUUCCGCCGCUACACGCCGCUCUCCUGCCCGUCCACUCCGCUCUCCCGCCCGUCACCCGGUCUCCAGGCGCCCCUUGUGAGGUGUGAGGUGAUUGUUUCCAGGCCCCCCGCCGCCUGUACCCGUCUUUCCCGCGCUCUCCCGGAUCACGUGUUCCCGCCGUUAUGGCCUCCACAGCGCAGCCCGAAAUCUCCUCAGAGCUGGAGAAGAAAGAGGUGACCGGGGAGGAGGCGGACAACAACCCCGAGGAGCCCAUGGACGAGGAAGACGACGAAAACGAUGACGGGGCAGACGACGGGGACGUGGAGGAAGAUGUGGUCGUCCAGAUCGGGGCCACCUACUCGUGCCGGAGGCAGGACGGGACCUACCAUGAUGCAGAGAUUAUGAAAACCAGAAAGAGUAAGCAGGCGGGCAGAGAGGAGGAGUACUUUGUACACUAUGUUGGCUUGAACCGUCGCCAAAAUGAAUGGGUGGACAAAACCCAACUGGUGAUUCCCAAACCAGUGAAAGAAGGACAGGAGACUAACAAUACGGACCCGGAAACAACAGAGGAUGGAAAAGCUGCUCAGAAACGGAAAAAUGAGGAUGAUGCAUCAGACGCGAAGAAAGUGAAGGUUGAUGUUAAAAAUACUCCAACUAAUUCAGCAGCUGCAUCCGGGGAUUUUGCAGAAGAGUUGACUUGUCUUCUGUGCAGCGAGCUUUUCAAGGAUCCCGUCAUGGUGGAAUGCGGCCAUAACUUCUGCCGUAACUGCAUUGACAAGGCCUGGAAUGGCCAAGAAUCCUUUACCUGCCCUGACUGUAAGGAAGUAAUCACUGAUAAGAGGUACACCACCAAUCGGGCCCUGGCUAACCUGGUGAAGAAGACCGUUGGCAGCACUCCCACCCUGACCCCGGUUAAAUCUACAGAGAAGCCUAAACUUGCCGAGAAUUGUCCUGAGCACGAUGAGAGGCUGAAGCUCUACUGCAAGGAUGAUGGGAUCCUGAGUUGUGUCAUCUGCCGGGACUCUCUGAAACACGCAAGUCACACCUUCCUGCCCAUCCUGGAUGCCGUGGGAGUGUACAGGACAGAGUUGUCGUCCAUUGUGGCUCCACUAGAAGAAGCCCUCAAGGUGACGGAACUGCUGACCGAUCAACAGAGCGAGAAUGUAGAGAAGCACAAGGCAAAUGUCUCUGAGUUCAGGCAGCACAUUGUGUCAGAGUUUGAGAAACUGAACUCGUUCUUAAAGGAGCGACAGGAGAAGCUUCUGGAGCAGCUUCAGGAACAGGGAGAAACCCUGCUGAAGGAGAUGGAGGAGAACCAGGUCAAGAUGCAGGAUAACCAGGACGACAUUAAACAGACCAUUACUAUGGCCAACGAGAGGAUGAACGAUACGGACUCCAUCUCUUUCCUCACUGGCAUCAAGUCAUUCAUUGAGAAGUGCCAGGAGCAGCAGAAGGAUGUGAUGGUGGCCGGGAACACUCUUCUCUCCAAGGAUCUGUGUCAGGGAACUUUCAAAGGACCCAUUCAAUACUCUGUUUGGAAGCAGAUGCAAUCUUUCAUUGUGCCGUUGGAAUCAUGUCAGGAACCUUCUCCCUCUGGUGAACCUGAAAUGUUACUGCUGCCCUCCCCUACUGUGGAUUUUGCCAGUGAACAGCCAACAGUCCCAGUAAAGAAUUUGGUCUCGGCAGCGGCAUGGAAUCGCCAUGGUAAGGUUAAUUUGUCAUUGAAUAUCAUGAAGCAGCUGGAAUUACAGGAUAAAGUCAUCGAUAUAAGUAAGAUGCAGGAGGAGAAGAUCACAGAACAUAAGGCACAAAAGCAGCAGCUGUCUGAAUACAUCACCAAUGAGUUUCAGAAAAUGCACAAAUUUUUAAAUGAUGCAGAAAGAGAGCAGCGCCUCAAGCUGGACACAAUUUAUGAUCCAAUCCUGAAGGAAAUGGAGGAAAACAGGAAAAAACUCAUAAAGGAUCUUAAGAACCUAGAGAAGAACCUGGAGGAGUGUCAGAAGAAGAUGGCGGACGGUCACAUUGGGAUAUUACAGGAUAUCAGACAAUUCAUGCAGCGACAGUGUGAGACUGAACAGAUAGAAGAAAACCUCAGUGUAGUCAACGAGAAACCACAAAGAGGCCUCUUCAAGGGGCCCUACGAGUACUACGCCUGGAGGAGGAUGCUGUCUGUAGUCCAACCAGCCACCUCACCUCUGACGCUGGAUCCAGAGACGGCUCACCGCAAUCUCCUAGUGUCUGAGGACUUGACCAGCAUCUCCUACAAGUCGAGUUUCUUCAGGAGGGUUCCGGACAGCCCCAAGAGGUUCUCUCAUUUUCAAGUAGUACUGACCAGAGAAGGCUUCAGUGAUGGCCACCACUAUUGGGAAGUUGGCGUAGAUGGGAAAAACCAAUGGACUGUAGGAUUGGCCAGAGGAACAAUAGAUAGGAAGCAGACAAGCCACAUUUUUGUACUUGAUGAUUACUGGGCUGUAUCGUAUGAAUUCCCCUAUGGCCUUUACUUAGUGACUGAGCCCAUUGAACUCCUCGGCAUCAAGAUCUCACUGAAGAGAGUUGGGGUGUACCUGGAUUAUGAGGCCGGUCAGGUUUCCUUCUAUGAUGCAGAGAAGAUGACCCAUCUCUACACCUACACCGCAACCUUCAGUGAGAAACUCUAUCCGUAUAUUGGGACCGCCAGUACUGAAGAGGCCCCAGUGAAAAUUGUCCAUGUCCAGCUGUGA